AACGUCAAGUAAGCUGGAGAUACAAGUUCCAGGAAUUGCGUAAGAGAGGAAGAUUGCUCGUCUUUUGUGUGCUGACGGCGAGUUUUCGUCGAAUUGACUGGCCACAGCGUUUUCAAUAUGUCCGCUGCGUUUCAGGUGUUGAACGGACGGUAAUAAACACCCGAUGUCCCUAAGCAGAUGGCUAUUAGAUCUGGUAGUUGAAUGACAACGGUGAACAAUGAGCAAUCGACCAAGCCAACUUGUUUCUUUCAGUAAAUCGCAGCGUCAAAUAUGACAGAGCAAGGUUGUUUGUCCAAGUGGAAAAGAAUUGCCUAUUUUUGGGUAAUACGAGCGCAUCUCGUGCAGAGCAGACCCAAUUUUUGAAACGGCGCAAAAAGUCGUUUCAUAAAGUUGCCAGUUUAUUUUCACUUGCUUUGCCGCUAAAUGAUCUUCGCACGACAACAAAAGACGCCCGUAUCAGCUUUCAAUCUAAGCUUGUGCAAUCACAGUCCUACCGCAUUUGGUCCAGGAUCCGUUAUCAAUGGUUCAUUGGUUCUAGAGUUGGGAAAGCCUGUCAAGGCAAACAAUAUUAGAGUUGUAUUCGAUUGCAAAGAAAUGGAAAAGUCAAAGUGUCUUGCCACUAUAUUUUCUGUUGAGACAGCUGUAUGGUCCGCCGCAGGAAAGAGCAGCGAAAAUGACACACUAGAGAGUGGCAGACAUCUCUUCUUGUUUGCUAUCAAGCUACCCUCUGUAAACUACCCACCGUCGAUAAAGGAGCCGCAGCUCAGCCAUAGUAUCGUCUAUUCACUCCAAGGAUUUUUCAACGCCAACGAUCUUGCACAAAUGUCAUCUAAUACUGUGCCCAUCGUAUACUACCCUCUUGUCAAUUCUCAAGACCUGUCACCAGCUACACCUAGCAAUCAAUCUUCCAAGAUCGCUACGUUUCACCUUGAAAAGGAUAAGCUGCCUAUUACCGUCAAGGCUGAAGUGACUAAGCCAUCUUAUUGUCCAGGUAUGUAUUGGUGAAGUAUCCAUUUUAAUUUAAGCGGGAUUGUUGACAUUUUAUUUUUCCAAGGUGAUGUUUGUGUUGUAAGAACGACUAUCUGCAAUCCCACCGACAUAAAAAUUAGUCACGUUCAGAUUUCCUUGGUCGCUAA